GGUGCUGGCAAGGAGAAUUUGUUUAACAAUCAAGAGCUUCUUUAGUUGUCGAUCUUAAGUCUAAAGCACCACCUAGCAAAGCGUGACAGGGUUAUCUCAGUGUUACAGGGUACCUUUUCAGAUAUGUUAAGUUUCCUGGCAGUAUCCUGGUGAGAUCCUGAUGAAAUUCUCGGGGUGAUGCCGGAAGGGUUUCAAAAGGAUCCCAGCGGGGUUCAAAGAACUUUGAAAUAUUCCCCAAGUCUAAAGCACUACCCAACCAAAGCGUGACAGUCGUGCCGGAGAUAACUCCGUCACGACUUAGUCUCACUGGGUACCUUUUCAGAAACGCUAUCAGUUUUGACAGUUUCAUGUAACAAGACAGACCCCUUUAGUAGUAUCCGGUGGGUGUCAACUCGCAAUUUACUUACGUAACUACAAAAUUAAUGCACAUAAAUGGAAACAUACGCAACCCUAACUGACAUCUAUACCCAAUUAUUUCCCUUUCUUAAUCAUCACUUAUUUCAAAGGGGCGUAGUUUUUAGCUUCAAGAUCAUGAUCACGACACAGCCUGCUAAAAUACGUUGUACUUGAUUGGCCAGUACUGAAAAAUAACACCACUAUCUUAGGCGGAUAUUUCUUCAUUUUUAAGACCAAUGUCGAAUAUUUUCCCCAAUAUUUUUGGAGGCUUUUAUGCGGUAGCUCUCUCAAUUGAACACCGAAAUAAAAUUAUGUUAAUUUCAAAAAUCAUUUAAUUUCUCAUUAGACCGCACAACAUCACUCCAAGAAAACAAGUCUUGAAAACAUCUAUCAAUACCGGGUGAUAUUGGGCAAGGGCGACACCACACCGGAAAAUCGGCGUUUCAUGAACUCUCAGAACACUCCUUUUUGGUUCGGCUUCAGCUGAGCGGGUCUGUAAUUAAUAAAUACAUUCAGGUGCGAGAUUUAAAGUUCAGAUUUAAAAUUACGUGACUUUGCGAUAAAGGAUUAAUUUGAUUAAAUCUAUCCCUGAAAAAUGAAGAUAAGUACUUGGCGGUCCGAUAUCUAAAACUUGGUUUUGUAAUUAUCUCACAUUUCAUCCUUGUUGCAUCACAGUUCACUGGAAUCCUUAGACAAGGUCAAGCUAAACAUCUCUUCUGUCGUAUUGGAUGAACUUUUCACUUGCGGCAAAGGUAUCAUAGCCGUUAUGUGGAGGAUCAUCAUUUGUGAAGUUGGAAGGCAAUACCAAAAAGGUCAAAAUACCAAAAGAGAACAAUAUCAGAACACUAAUAACAGCAAUGUCUGCGGAUCAUGGAUGAAAAAGCCAUUAUUCCAGAGAUUGUUUGGAACAAUGUCUGUGUUUUUAUAUGGCUCACUAAUUAAUCUCCUGAUCACUCUGCUUGGGAAGACAUAUAGUGGUGAAUUAAGACCCCAUUUUUUGGCAGUGUGUAAACCAAACAUGAGUCUGAUUGACUGUAACCAGGGAUACAUUACAAACUAUGAAUGCACUGGCAGUAACCUUGAUGCAAUUGAAAAAGCCAGGAGAUCAUUUCCCUCAGCACAUGCAUCUCUCUCUAUGUAUGGCAUGCUCUUCCUAAUAGUCUAUUUUGAAUCAUUUAUAAGGAAUGGAGGUUCUUUCCUUAAACCUUUCAUUCAAACAGGUUGCUUCAUAGUAGCACUACUGUUUGGUCUCUCUAGGGUGAGAGACCACAUGCACCACUGGCAUGAUGUUUUUGCUGGGUUCAUAUUAGGCGGAUUUAUUGCAGUCUAUAUGGGCAUAAGAGUCCUAAGGCUGUUUGACGAAAGUCAUCAAACACCAAAAACAGGCAUCGUGCAUCGUGAAACCCUGAAGAGCUCAAUGGACAACAGUGAAUUCAAUUUGCAUUCCCCUGACAGACUUAUACCAACCACUCCACAGUUUCCAGUUGCUCUAUAAGCUCAAUAAAACCCUCAUUUGAAAGUUAUAUUAUGUUGAAUUUCCCUUUGGAACUGUUAGUUUCAGUCAUGCAAACCUUUACAUUGGCCAUGAGAGGGAGAUAUUUCUUAAAGGCAACAAACUGAAAGGGUUUGCAUAAAGAAGUAUAGAUUGAAGCAGGAAAAAAGUGUUUAAAAGUUACAGGAGAGAGUUAAGGCCAUAAGGUGGGAAUUCUCCCAUAUCCAAUACCUAAUGAGCACCCUGAAACUAUAGAAAAAUAUUUUUUUACAACAUGAUUAAUCAGUGAUUAACAAGAGUAGCAAUAUCAAUUGAUCAAGUAUUUGAGUUCAAUUCUAUAAAGAUGGGUGUUAAGAAAAAUUAAACACCUGGGUUGAUAGUAGCACAAAGUUAUUUUUGUCUGAAAUAUCAACUAUUAUACAGAAGGUUAAACUUCACAAUAAAUGACAAAAAGCAAUAAUUCUGAAAGUCUCUGUUGGCAAAUAUAUAUGUCAUUCUCAAAUACGUAUAGAGCAAAAAUAGCACUUAAUGUUGGAUAAAGUCAAAAAGGAGGAGGAGGAAGUAAUGGAGGAGCUAUCUUAGGUUGAGAGCAAGAUUCUCAUAUGAAAUUGAAACAAUUAAGCGAACACAUGUAACAACAUAUAACAUUUGAUAGCACUGAGUGCUAUUUGAUAAUUUUUUUCCAUAAAAAAAGAAGCUUCACUUUUGUAAGCUACAUUUAGAAUUGCUUUAUGAAUACUAUGUAUAGGGCAGUUAUUCAUUUGUUAGGUGACACAGUAAUUAAUCUUUAAAUAAAAGAAAGCUUAUCUUU